AUGGGUCACAUGGCAUUGCUUCUUUUCAUGCAGGAAGGGUCUUUAAAGGGGAAGGAAGUUCUUGAUACUGUGAUGGAUAUCUUCAUCAAGACAAUGACCGAAGAUGGUGAUAAGGAAGUGGCUGCUCAAGCAUGCAUGAAUGUGGCAGACAUCAUCAAGGAUUAUGAAUACAUGUUAGUUGAACCCUAUAUGCCUCGGCUUGUUGAGUCAACUUUAGUACUACUACGAGAGCAAUCAGCUUGUCAGCAAAUAGAAUCUGAUAGUGAGAUUGAUGAUGAUGAUGCCGAGCAUGAUGAAGUGCUUAUGGAUGCAGUUUCAGAUCUCCUUCCUGCAUUUGCAAAGUCCAUGGGUUCUCACUUUGGCCCCAUCUUCUCAAAGCUGUUUGAACCUUUAAUGAAAUUUGCGAAAGCUUCACACCCUCCACAAGAUAGGACCAUGGUAGUUGCGUGCCUUGCAGAAGUUGCUCAGGAAAUGGGUGCCCCGAUUGCAGGAUAUGUUGAUACUGUAAUGCCCUUGGUAUUGAAAGAAAUGGCAUCAUCAGAGGCGACUAAUAGGAGGAAUGCUGCAUUUUGUGUUGGCGAGUUGUGCAAAAAUGGUGGUGACCCAACCCUAAAAUAUUAUGCAGACAUCCUUCGUGCUCUUUACCCAUUAUUUGGGGAAUCUGAGCCAGAUGAUGCUGUAAGAGACAAUGCUGCUGGUGCUGUUGCAAGGAUGAUCAUGGUGCAUCCUGAGGCUAUCCCUUUGAACCAGGUUCUUCCUGUUUUUCUGAAAGUUUUGCCAUUGAAAGAAGAUCAUGAGGAGUCUUUGGCUGUUUAUACCUGUGUCUGUAAUCUAGUACUAGCCUCUAAUCCCCAGAUACUAUCUCUAGCCCCUGACUUGGUGAAUAUAUGCGCACAAGUGGUAGUUUCUCCUGCUGAAACUCCUGAGGUUAAAGCGCAAGUCGGCAUAGCUUUUUCUCAUCUAAUUUCUCUAUAUGGCCCGCAACCCAUAUUGAGCAACCUUUCACCUGCACAUGCCAAUGCACUGGCAGCAUUUGCACCCAAAAGUUGAUUACCUGAAUAUGCCAGUGAAUCACCCUGCUCUGCACAUUUCAGUCUUGGGAUUAGAUGUCGCUUCAAGUUUGUUGCUUCUGAGUACAGUUUGUUUCGCAAAUUUGUGAGUGAGAAAUGGUUGAAUCUUGCAGGAUGGCACUGGUCAUCUGGGUAUGUAAAUUUGUAUCCCACAGCCCUUUCAAAUUCUGUUUGUGUUAGUACUCUGAUGCUAGCUCCUCUUUGGAUCCUUUGUGUAGGAUUUGUUGCCCCUCAAUCUGUCUCCAUUUUUACCUCAUGGAGACAUGGUGCCGUUUCAGUAAUAUUUUCUACAUUUUUUUUUUGGUUUUGGUUUUGUUUUUUCUUCUUUUGGUCCCGUUAUUCUUUUUUUGAAUUUAUUGUGUAUAGCCUAUAGAGAGCCUGUAUGUUUUAUCAUUAUUUUAAUUUAUUUGUUUCAACAGCAGAGCUGUGUAUUGCGUGACAAUUUUGCACUGAGUAUAAGUAAUAAGACAAUUUUGCAUUGUCUAGAGUAA